AUGUCUCUUUCAAAUGAACAAAUUACACGUCUACAAGAUUGUAGAGAUAGAUUCAAAAAAGUUUAUGAAAACUAUGAUGAAAAACUUAAAGCUUAUUUAGAUGAACAAUUACAAGAGUUGAAAAAAAUUGAUGGAUCCGUUACUGCAUUUGAUAAGGAAGAAAUGGAAAACCAUAAAAUAGCUUUUCAAGAUAUUCAAGCUGAAAAGGGUGCUAAAGAACUUUACAGUGAAGUUCCUUUUGAGGAUUUAAUGCAAAUUUUGGGUAUUGCAUUAUCAGCAGACCCAACCGGUGGUGGUGCAGGAAUCAUCUUUGGUGCAUUAAACUUUCUUUUUGAAAAACUUGGUUUUUUAAAUAGUCAAGAAAGAUUUCUCAAACAAAUUAUGGAAGCAGUAGAGCGACUUAUUGAAAAAAAAAUAAAGUAUUUCAAAAGAAAUGGUAAUAAAAAUGUAAAUGAUUCUUUAAUACCAAAUGAAAUUAAAUCAAUGCCAAAUGAAACACUUUCAUCAUCUCUUCAAAUCCAAUUAAUGAUUUAUCGUGAUAAAAUUACUGACGGUUUGAUUUAUUUUGGCGAAGAGAGUGAAUUGAUUAACACCAUUGGUUUAUAUAUAUUAACCGCUUCUCAAUAUCUAUGUAUUCAAAGAGAUUGUGUAUUUUAUGGUAAACAAUGGGGUUUCAGUGAUUUUGAUGUAAAUGAUGCCAGAUCAAGAUUACAUUCUUAUUCAAUUGACUUUAUGAAAAAGGUAAUUAAAGCUGGAUGGAAUCUUACACGUCAUUACUUCGAUGGUGUAGAAGUUGGAUACACUCAACCACCCUAUUUUGAUACAGCUAGAGUAUUCAAAAAUGCAGACUUCACUUAUUAUCCAGUCAAAGCUUUUUCCUACAGUAGAACCCCUCCUAAUAUUACUUAUGAAAUAGCUGAUACCAAAGGAUCACAUUUACUUGGGCCAAACGCUUUAAUUGGUUGGUCAGUGUUGACCCAUAGUUUGGCAAGUGGUUUUAGGGGUCUUAUUGCUGAACACAUAUAUAGACCAAACACAUUGAUAGUAAAAUUCCCAAGUGCAAAAUCAAGAACAUUCAAAGUCAAAUUUCAUCAUCAUGUAUAUAUUGAAGCCGAUUGGACAAUAAAAGCUGGUAAUGUAGUUGAAAACUUUGUUUUUAAAGAAUACACCGAAACUGAAAAAAGAAAUCCAUACUUUGUUUAUUAUGAAGACUAUAAUAGUCAAGCCGUUUAUGGUGUAAAUGAAACAAAAGCAAUAACAGUUAACACUCAAGAAGUUUCAUUUACUUCAAAUAGAUCAAAUGUUAAUGGUAAAAGACAAGGAUAUAUUGGUGGAUCAAAGCUCUAUUUAAUCGAAAUUAUUUUUGAAUAA